UAGCAUAGGUCAGUCUAUCGAAAGCCUACCUCAGUUCACCAUGAAGUUCCUUCCUCUAUUCGUCGUCCUUCUCCUGCUCGGCUGCGCCUCGCUGGGCAGUGCAGCUGCUGUGGGCAAGCCCACGGGCCAGCCCGGUUGCCAAACGGAAGAGGAACUGGCGGUGCGGAACUAUGCCCACUUCUACCUGAAGAACUCAUACUGGAGCUGCCAAGCCUUGGGAGUUCCGGCCACCCUCAGCUCGUGUGCAGUCGCUCAGGCCUGGUUGGAUGAAGUCAAGAGCUGUGUCCCGUGGUCCCAGUGGUACUGGUUACCCACCGCCCUGCCCCCCAGCGAGCCCUUGGCUGCUGUCUAAGACUUGAAGAGGUUCUGGAAAUAAAUAAAUAAAGUUUAAAUGCAACAAAA